AUGCCGCCUUCUUAUUCCGGUAAGGAGGAGCACGAACAGCGAUCAAUAGAACAUCGAUGCAAACUGGCCUGUGAUGAAUGUCGCAAACGGAAGCUUCGCUGUGACGGGCAGCAGCCGCAGUGUGGGAUUUGCGCCGACACAGGCAUCCCCUGCAGAGUCAAUCCGAAGCGUUCUACGAGAGGUCCAAAGAAAGGUCUCCUUAAAGCUCUUCGGCUCCAAACAGCUGAGUUGAAGCGUCGUUUGGAAGAAGGUGAGAUCGUCCAGGGUUUUCCUGUAACACAACCCUCCCGUGGCACCGGAGAAGAUAGAAUCAAUAUGGAUGUGCUGGUUCCGACCUUUUCUGCCGACAUCCUCUUACCCAACGAUUCCGGCACUAUCUUGCGAGAAAGCCCCUCAUCGGAAAGCCGAAGCCAGGCAAUCGAAAAUUUAUCAGAUAUAACACUAGCCGAAUUAAACCAGCUUUAUUUCGAACGAGUUCAUCCUUUUACGCCAUUCCUUCAGAAGCGUCGCUUUCUUUCCUGGGCUCAGCAGCCGAACCUCAAAGGUUCCCGACUUUCCCUUCGGCUUGCUAUGUGGACCUUGGCUGCAAUGAUGUCAGCACAAUACCAGCAGAUUGACAAUAUGCUCUACCAGCAGGCACGAAAGAGCCUUGAGAGCUUGGAGCUUCAAUUGCCUGAUAUAAAAGCUAUCGAUGUAGAGCAGGCCCAAGCAUGGUUGCUUAUUGCUAUCUAUGAAUUGACACGCAUGCAUUAUAGCCAAGGCUGGAUAAGCGUCGGCCGCGCAUGUCGAUUGGUGCAACUGAUGAGCCUUCACAAGAUUGACGCAGUUGAAAAAAUGACGAGUGAUGCAACGCUACCACCAUUUACCGAUGUUGAGACUGAAGAGCGACGGAGAACAUUCUGGAUGGCCUACUGCCUGGAUCGCAUUAUCGGCAUCCGAAACGACUGGCCAAUUGCUUUCAGUGAACUCGUGAACGGUGAAGCCGUUGUCGGCGAAUUUCUUUCUGAAGAGAUUGCUGCUGAGUGUGAUCAAAUUGUACCUUCUUUCACCGAGCUAAUUGUUUUCGUUACAAUUGGUGCACGCUGUUUAUCACAUAAACAACAAGCAGUGGUAGAGCCUGUUUAUGGCAAUGGCGCGCAGGACUUUUGGAAUCGGCAUCAUUGGCUUCAUUCUCUCUUAACACAAAGGAUCAGGAGAGUAUCUCGGAUACCCACAUUGUCUUCGCUCACCACAGAUCCUAUGCGGCUUUUUGCAAAUAUGGUGGCACAAACGGCCCUUAUUUAUCUCUACCGAGUCAUGAAUUUAUCACCAUCCGACAGGCUUAAGGAACAGACGAUGCCCGGAUAUGAGGAAGAGGCACGGGCAGCUGCAAAAGAGAUUGUCAGUCUAACAAAAUUUGUGGACGAACUCAGUAUUUUCAAGGUAUGCUAG